AUGUCCGCAGACACACCGAUAUCUCGGCGACUCAAUAAUGUUAAGCAUAUAAUCCUGGUCCUCUCGGGGAAAGGCGGAGUCGGUAAAUCUUCAGUUUCGACUCAACUAGCGCUAUCACUCUACGCAUCGGCUCCGACCGCCCGAGUAGGGAUAUUGGAUGUCGAUCUUACGGGCCCUUCUAUUCCUCGUAUGCUAGGUGUCGAUGGACACCCAGUACACCAAAGCACAGAUGGUUGGGUCCCUGUAUUUGCCGAUGGGCCCAGUACAAGACUACUCUGCAUGAGUGUCGGAUUCUUGUUGAAGAAUAGGGGGGAUUCUGUCGUUUGGCGUGGACCCAAGAAGAAUGCGAUGAUAAGACAAUUCUUAAGCGAUGUCAGGUGGGGAGAGCUGGACUAUUUGGUGAUCGAUACGCCCCCUGGCACUUCGGAUGAACAUCUAUCGCUCUUGGAGCAUCUCGCCCCAGUGCAUGACAGAUUAUCAUCCGUCGUUGUGACCACUCCCCAGGCGGUUGCGCUAGCAGAUGCAAUAAAAGGCGUAUCGUUUACUCGGGCAGUCAAUUUACCUGUACUGGGCGUGAUUGAGAACAUGAGUGGGUAUGCAUGUCCCUGUUGUGGAGAGAUCACAAACGUAUUCUCCAAAGGCGGAGGGAAAUCUAUGGCUGAGAGAGAAAAGGUUCACUUUUUAGGCAGUCUGCCGAUUGACACCCAACUUGUCGAACUGCUUGACUCAGCCCAGCCCCAGCCCCAGCCCACAACCACAUCCGACAGCCGCCCUUUGGAGUCAAGCUACUCGGGGCAAGAGCAAGUAUCAGCCACGGACGUAACCCCAGUGACCCAGCUCAACACCUUAUCCGGAACCGGGUCCGAGACGAAUGGUCACACUACCUCCACCCAUGCACCAACGAGAACGUUCCAAGUUCUGGAGCGGUACCGACAAACACCAACUUGGGCGGCCUUCAAGCCGAUGGCAGAAUACAUUAUCGAAAAGCUUAGAUGA